AUGCCGGAUGCUAUACUUGCGCGGAACAAACGACAGCGUUUGGCGUGCGCUUGGUGCCAUGAGCGCAAAGUCCGCUGCGAUGCGACGACCUCCGCUGGGCCUUGCGCCAACUGUCUGCAAAAUGGACAUGAAUGCGUGCUUCGAACACGUUCAAACAGGAGUCGAAACAGACCAAAUAUUGCUGCGGUGCCGGCAACGACCAAUGAGCACGCCUCGACCCAUUUGUCGCAUAACCACACGUUAGAUUCUGAUUGGAAACCGCUCCCGGCAAGCAGCUCAUUAAUAACGCCUCAGAGUGUUGCUUGGCCGUUCGAAGCUGCCUGCGCCCCACUGCAAACUUUUAGCUUUUCAAAUAUGGGGAGCAACUCCAUAGCCUCCCAGCAUAACGUACCCUUCUCUAGUUGUGGGUUCCUGGAACUCGGCUCGCUCGCCAAUCUUCCCUCUGAGGACGUAGCGUUUCUCAAUAUGAAGGGCUGUCUUCAUCUUCCGGAUAAGCCUAUCCUAGACGAACUUGUUCGGCAAUACUUCCUACACAUCCACCCCAUGUUACCUGUCCUCGGCGAGUCAGAGUUUUGGGCCGGCUAUAACAAUGAAAUUGUCGAGGCCGGUAGAGGCAUCGUCUCGCUAUUUGUGCUUCAAGCCAUGCUAGCAGCGAGCUGCGUCUUCAUCUCUCCACAAGCCAUCGAACAGGCAGGAUUCUCCGACUACCGCAACGCUCGUAGAUCAUUAUAUUCUCGAGCCAAGUUGCUAUUUGAUCUAAACGCCGUAACGGACCCGUUCUCCAUAGCCCAAGGAUCUGUACUCCUCACAUUUCAGAGCUCAUGCGUCAACAUGCAUGCUGGAAGCACGUGGCUUAGCAUUGCAGUGCAAAAUGCAAUGGCCGUCGGCGCGCACCAGUACCAACAACACCAGCCGAACAACCGUAUACGAGCAGCGAAAAAGCGUCUUUGGUGGGCCAUCAUUCUACGAGAUCGGAUCAUGCCUCUGGCACUACGUCGCACGCCUCAAAUCAACUUUAGCAAUUUCGACAUGUUUUUGGACCCCAUUGAUCAGACUGAUCUAGAGGACGACUUGCAAGACUCGACGGUGUACGACAUGGAGACCAAGAUACUACUUGCAAAACUCCUGAACUGCCAGUGUCAGCUGGCAUUGACGCUUACCCCGGUUCUGAUGCUCUGCUAUCAUCCGCAAAUGUUUUCACAGUCAGCACCAUUUUCUAGUACGCGGUUUCUGCAGGGGAUGGCCAAUGUGAACAACGCCAGAACCGGCCUUGAAACGUGGCUGAAAAACGCUCAGCGGACUAUCGAUUCCGUUACCGAGGUUGACAAGCCUCAUUCUUCGGUGCUUUUAUACUCUGAGUUGACCUUCAUGCACUACAAUGUGGCACGAAUGGCAUUGCAUCAACAUGAGGCACUGCUAGUCGAUAAAUAUUGUCUCCAUACGGCAUGUUUUACCGACCAACUGCUCACGAUCAAGACCAAUCUAGAGGACUCUAUAACGGCCAUCUUUAAGAAUGUCGAGAAAUUCGUUCGGAUGGGAGCUACCUGCCACCUUCCGAUUGGAAUGACAGCAUAUGUGGCCUUCCCAUUACUUCUCGGUAUGCUUGACAAGCAAUUGUCCUCUACUGCCUUCCAGAGAAGUUCUCGCACACGCCGCAUGGUAUUCUUACAAGAGGUAAUACGACAACUUCAGCAACGCUAUGAAGUGGCAGACGAUGUGCUAUCUUUCAUUAACAAGUCACUGGACCUGGCUUGUCGUCAGCUACAAGGCCAUUUCACCAGCUCAGCCUAUCCGUGCAACUAUGAAGGCGCGGCAUGGGAGCAGAUGACUGACCAGAUGCGGUAUCCGCCACCUGGGAGUCGCACAAAGGCAUGGAGCGAGGUGUUUAUCGGCAAUACCAGGCACUUCUUGCGGUUUUCAUUCUCCCUCGAUUAUGCGCUUGCGAGGGGGAAAUUUCCUGAAGAGAGCAAUCUAGACGCGGCGCUUGACCCUCCGGAAGGAAACACAUGGAGUUGCCUUCCUUCCCCCGAUGCGUUCUCGGCUGACCUGAAUUUGGGAACUGCAAUAUCGACUCAGCCCUGUGACGGGCAGACUGACCUGAUAGCUCGUCAAGAGGGGACGUUCUCGUCAGUGCCUCCAGCGUCUCCAUCCGUUCCCUUGGACAGCCUUGAAAACAUGGACGAUAUGGUGCCAAACGCUGCCCCCUGGCCGCACUUCCCGCAGGGUACUCUGUACGAGGAGUCUUUACAUUAG